AUGGUGGGCACAAGAUUCCAUGACGAAGAGGAUGAACUCCUGCUAACCAGCAUGUUGAAGAAGGGUUAUGACCGGACCCGGAAGCAGGCCGAGAAGAGGGCUAUUGUCGUGGGGGUCGUCAAGGCCUUACAAAAAAAAUUUGGACGGACCGACGGCGAAAUGCAAAUUGUUAAAAAGUGGUCUGACCUGAAAAGGAGGCACCUGGACUGGGUCAAAGAGCUCAGUCAGAGAGUCUGCCCUGGGCUUCCAGCGCCAACGGUCUGCCGCCGUCUAACCACGGCGGAUUUGGAUGUAGUGGAGGUCUCCACAGAGGAGGAUGAGCAGGCGGGCCCCUCCCACAGUCCUCGAGGUGCCACCAACCCACCUGAUGUGGGGAUUGUUGUGGAGGUGUCUGACGAGCCCGGACCCUCUCAAGGGCCAAAAACAUCUGGCCCAGCUCCUGCUGAGGAGGAGAUCGCCACCCCAGCUCUUGAAGAAGAGGAUGAGGCGUUGGUUACCACCCCACACCAGGAGGUAAUCAAGAAAAUUUCUGCAAAAAUUGCUCUAAUGCAAAAGAGGCAUGGGAAAAUCAGGCAAUUAAGAGCCCUCAUUCAAAAAUCCCAAAGAAUGCUGCAGGAAUUUGAAUGCCAAUAUGGAGAGGACCUGAAGGAGCUUGCAAGCCUGCAGGAAGAACUGCAAAAACUGUUGCCCAUCUUGGCUCGUAUGAUGAAAAUUGGGGUUGCAGCGAGUCAGUUUAAAGAUCUUCAGGAACCAGAAGCCAUAUUUGUUGUUCCUACCAGAGAGCUGAUUAAUCAGAUUUACCUAGAUGCUUGGAAAUUUGCAUACGGAACUGUCGUUCGUCCAGUUGUAAUCUAUGGAGGAACACAAACAUCUAAUUCACUGCGCCAGAUAUUUCAAGGCUGCAACAUCCUUUGUGCGACACCUGGGAGGUUACUGGACGUUAUUAACAAGGAGAAGAUUGGGUUGAGCCAAGUGAAAUACCUUGUUCUGUAUGAAGCUGAUCGUAUGCUGGACAUGGGCUUUAUGGAAGAUGUAAGAAAAUUGUUGUCAAGUCAAGGAAUGCCAAAAAGAGAAGAAAGGCAAACUUUAAUGUUCAGUGCCAUGUUCCCUACACCCAUACAAAAUCUUGCUAGAGAGAUUUUGAAGCCAGAUUAUCUGUUCGUGGUUGUCGGACCAGUUGGUGGCGCGUGCAGUGAUGUCGAACAGCAGAUAAUUGAAGUGGAAGAGUAUGGAAAGAGGGCUAAACUGCUGGAACUUUUACAACUCAUAGGCCAUGAGCGCACAAUGGAUUUUGUGAAAACCAAAAAGAUGGCGGAUUUAAUUGCAACAUUUCUUUGUCAAGAAAAAAUCCCCUUUACAAGCAUUCACGGGGACAGAGAGCAAAGAGAGCGGGAGAAAGCUCUGGGCGACUUCCGCUCUGGACAGUGUCCUGUGAUUGUUGCCACGUCUGUUGCUGCCAGAGGAUUAGAUAUCGAGAACGUCCUUCAUGUGAUAAAUUUUGACAUCCCUGGCGAUGUUGAUGAAUAUGUUCACAGGAUCGGCCGAACUGGACGCUGUGGCAACACUGGAAAAGCCAUUUCUUUUUUUAAUAAGAUUGGUGAUGACGAGCAAAAAAUUGUCUGUGGACUAGUGAAAGUUUUAACCGAUGCUCACCAGGAGUUCGUGACAGUACCUGCUUGGCUUGAAGAGAUGGCGUUCAGUGCCCAUGGCAUGCCAACCUUUAGUUCACAGCCAAGCAAAUUUGCUUCAGUGGAUAGCAGGAAGAGAGGUGACUUCCAGGAGGACAACGGUUACAGCAAUGCUGGCAUUUCACAACCUGCAGCGCGGGCGGCAGCGGAGGAGGACGAAGAUUGGGGCUAGUCGGACGUGGUUAAGCAGAUGAGACAUUCUUACAGAUUCAGUUUUACAUGAAACAAUAUGUUGUAUGUUUGUAAAAAUGAGAAUUUUGUUUAUCGCACUCCAGUAUUUAAGGUAGUAAUUUGCCGUUAGGAAAUUUACUUAUUUUGGUUCAUUGUAAAUGGCUGCUCUGAAA